UUUUAAAACUAUCUUGUAGCCAAAUAUGUGAGGUGGAUAUUUUAGCUAUAAAAAAAAAAUUUUAAAAAUUAAAGAGACCCGUAAUACACCCAAACGAGGAACACACAGUUGGUAUAAGGCUAAUAACAAUGAAGAAACAGGGGGCAAUAUACCUUUGCUAUUUCCUGAUUGUGCUUGUUUCUUGGUGCUAUGGAUCUAAGACAAAAACAAUUAAAGCAUCUGAUUUAGAAGUUAAGAUUGGCCAUCAUGAUUGCAUAUCGGAUUGUACACAUAUCUCUGCUAGAAAGAAUCGAACAAUGUUUUGUUCUAUUGAAGAAUGUGGCAAGCUUGAAAUUGCAGAUUCCACAGCUCAAAGUCCAGAAAUCGAGGAAGUUUUCUUAGAAAGAUAUGUCGAUGAGAAUGAGGGACGGGUGCGUCUCGCUCUGCAUGUUCAAUGGUCCCCUGUUGAUAAUGUGUCAUUGGAAAAAACAAAAGGAUAUGUGAUUAAUAUUACCGAUGGAAUAUAUUCUUAUUCAGCCUGCUACAAUAUAACAACAAAAAUGGAUUUUCAUGCCAACGGACAUGAUAUAUAUUACAAUGACUGCUUUGGAAAGGCAAGGGGAACACGCAUCACUCCUGACUCAGAAAUUAUGGUUUAUAUCAAUAGUCUGCCUCAGUUUGAACAUGGAAUACAUGAUGGAAGUAUAACAUUGACUGUAAAGAUACCAGGUUGUUCUAAUGAAGAGCUUCAUCUAUUGACAGAAUGUGAAGUCGACGGUGGCAGACCGACAAAACAACCAUGUGCUGAAGAUUGUAAUACAUAUUCUGUUGUUAAUAAAAAAGUAUAUCCUGUGGAAUGCUCAUUAUCAAGCAGUAAUUUCAUGCAGGGCCCAGAAAAAUGUGCCGACACUAACAAGACAAUAGAUGGAACACCGUCUGCACCGAGGCAUAUGCCAAGGGAACGGGAAUGGUACAAAUACAUUGAUCCGGGUACUGGUGAUGUAAAAUUAGCGUUGAAUUUCUCCUGGUUACCUGGGGCAGAUGCGAGUAUGGAGAAAACUCAUGGAUAUCACCUAUUGAUCACACCGCUCGGAAAAGGUGAUCUUACGUUUUUCAACAAGUGUUUUGGCAUUUAUACUGUGUUGGUGGAAACAAAGCAUGCCAAUGCGGAAUUUUUCUAUGAUUGUUAUGGUCGAACUAAUACCAGUGAUGUUGCACCUGGUACCAGUUACCAUAUUCAUCUCAACAGUAUACCACAAAAUAAAGCGCACAGCAAGGAAAAUUUUAUAAUUAAAGUUCCAAAUUGUGUUGACGGCGCAAUGCAAGAUGUUACAGAAUGCAUAAGUGAAAACAACAGACGCAUUUUUGGUCGAGUAGAAGAAGUAUUUUGCCACAACAGGUCCAUAAAAUACAAUUAUUCGGUGUCUGCAGAAUUUGGGAAACUGGCCAAUAUUGUAUUUUGUGAAAGAGGACUACAAUUACAACAUUGCAAAAACAGGCUAACUUAUAUGGAAAAUUUAUUGCCUCAAAAUGUAUUGUAUAACAUUAGUUUGCCUUCAUCGGCAAACCUUUCGAUUCCAUACACAAUUUAUGUUGAAGGAGUUGAUUACCCAAUGAAAAGAUCGAAAGAUCAUCCCGAUUUUUCAGUUUGUGUAACUACGCCGAUAUCGUCGACUACGUACAUCGUGAUCACAGUAAUUCUUAUCGUUGGAAUUCUAAUCUUGCUCGGAGUCAUCUUCCUGUUUUGUUUCACAAGAGAUGUAAGGUGCAGUCUGCUUCAUUUGCUACACAUGCUACAGUCAAAAUGCUUCGAUACCCAGCAAAGUGAAGAUCCAGUCCAAUAUCAUCAACAGCCAGUAAUUGAGCAGCCACCUAUGCCUCCAAAAAGAGAAAUGCCACAAGCUCCAGCUACUAUUCCUCAAAGUGGGACUAUUCGUGUGUACGUAGUAUUUGCGGAUGAUCAUAAAUUACAUACGGAAGCUGUCCAUUGGUUUUGUUCGUACCUUAAAUCUGAUCUCGGCCUCGAUGUACGAAUGUCUGCUUGGGAAGUCAAUAAAGCUGCAAUUAACCCAGCGAUGUAUAUGACAAGCAAUCUUAAAGAUGCAAAUAAGGUUAUUGUUAUAUGUUCGGAAGGAACUAAGGGCUGCUUAGAUCAGAAAGAAUAUGAUGGCAACAUGUUCUCACCGGUUAUUCAUAACAUUUGUCAGCAGUCAUUCAUUGGACAACACCCAGGAAAAUUCUUGGUUGGUUAUUUUGACUACAGCAAGCCAGAACACGUCCCUGAUUUACUACACGAUCAAUGUCUGAUGUAUUUUUCAUUGUUCAAAUUAAUGAAACAAUUUGAACCUUUUUAUUUUCGACUCGUGGAAAUUGAACAAUAUCAGGAAGGCGGGAUACACAGGAUUGACAAGAUUGCUUUUGAUCGAUACCAUGAGCCCGAACUAACACAGUGUGGAAUGAAGUUGAAGGAAUCGAUAGAAAAAAUGUCCGCUUAUGUUCGGUCCAAUCCAACAUGGUACACGGACAAAUGUGGUGAAGGCAUGGCUGGGUCUAACUUACCAGAACUUCCUACUAGUACAGAACCUGAUAUACUUCCUGAUGAAGGUCAAAUGGCACCAGAGGUGGAAGGUCAAGCUAGCAUUUCUUAUCUUCACAUGUCGGCUCCACCACAAAUUCCGAAUGAACCAGUCAGUACUGGUGCAAGACCUAAAGUGAUGAAUGCAGCUCCACCAGCUCAGUAUCUUCCACCCCAAAAUAUACCGCAGCCACCACAGCCGAAUCCGCCGCCGAUGUAUGGGCCUCGUCCCGCUGUGAAACGAGUACCUUACGAAGUAUUGUCGUCCGGUGUCACGUCAAAUUCCACUGAUGAAAGUUUUGUCGUCGACGAAAAAGACACUGAAGAUUUAAUGUCUACGUCAUAUCCACCUCAUCCAGCAGCAGUGCACGUCCGACAUCCUCCAGCCGAGCAUGACGACUACUCAGGCAUAGGAUUCCGCCAACCUGGUCAUGCUAAUGGACACGCAGGAUAUGAUCUCUCAUAUCACCCAGAAUCAUUUCAUCUCGAUGAUCCACUCGAAUCGGAGAGUAGUUUGCUCUCAAAUUUACCAUCUAAUGAAACUCAAAUAACGAGGAUUGGAUUAACGGAUUCAAUGGAACUACCGCAGGUUCUUGAAGCUGAAAAUUUAAUUUCUAUCGAACCCGCUGGCAGUCAGCAAAUUGAAAUACCAGAUCCUCGGUCACUAGGAGAAUCAGGAGUUUUUACGUUAGCGCAAGUUGACGACAAUGAUGAUGAAGAUAUAGAAGAUCAAUUUAAAAGCAUAAACUUAUCUAUGUUCUAGUUAAGUUCAAAUCUUGCUCGAUAGACUUUCGCCGAGAGAUACAAUGAUAAAUCUAACAUAGGGCGAGGAGAAAUUGUUUUAUCAGUAGCUCAAGAUUGGCUGUCCAUAUAUUGAUGCCAAAUUCGAUAUAUCCAUGAUCAGGGAUGGCCAUUUAAUACAUCAUGAAAUAUUAUUUUCGAAUACGAAACAUUGGAUAUGAUCAUGUUGAACACAGAAGCAUGCUCAUAGCAAAGAUAGAUUUAUAUCAAACAGAAAAAAUUGAAACAAAUUGUACUGAAAUGUUUACAGUUAUCCGAAGAAAAUAAACUUGGAUCGGUAUGACCAAAAGAUAUAGAUUGUGCAUACAUUUCCACUAUCUUUCCAAAUAAAAAUAUUCUAAAUGCCUCCUAAAAUCAAGCAUUUACAAUAUUAAAUAUAAAUAUUUUCGAAUGUGUUAGAUUUUUUUUGACCAUCUCCAGUCUAUUGUAUUAACUUAAAUGUUAAGGAGAAGCAGCAGUCACUUCGAAGCAUGUACAAAAACACCAAAGUGAAUAAUUAUAAUAUCACAUAGUGAAAGGCUGGUUGCAAGACAUUGUUCCUCUAAAGAGAUAUUAGUUUAAGGGUAAUUAUUAAUAUUAUUUACAUUAGCAUUUUAUCUUGAAGGCUUUUAAUCUUUUGUAAUUGCUUUGUUUUCACGCAUUUAAUACUUUGAAUCACUUUUUAUAAAGAUUGAAAUGUAUAUUCCAUCCCUUGUCCUUACUAAUUAAUGUCAAAAUUGUUUCUUGGUAAAUUUUAUUUGAAAGUUAUUGCUUUUUCGAGUGUGUUGGGGAGGCGUGAGUCAUCUACUCAAAUAGAGUCAUUAUUUAUAAAGACUUGGGUUAGACACGAUUCAUCUAAACUGAACUACUCAGACUCGUUAUAAAAUAGCCGCUAGUGAUGGGACUCAAUUCUAGGCUUGGAUGACCUCGAAAUCUUCGAGACCUUUCAGAGAAUGUUGUUUUCUGCUUAAUUAAUUGACUGGUUCAAUUUUUGUGAAAAUGUCCCAGUCAUUCUUUAAAAAUUUUCUUGAAGCUAGUAACACUAGUUCUGAUUUUCUCUUGCCAUGUGCAGUUAAAAUCUAAUUUAUCUUAAUAAUAAGCUAAAUAUUGUUGCAAAGAUGAUCGAUUUCAUUUUAUAAAAAUGGUUGAUACUUUUAUUAGAAAAAAAAAAACAGAAAAUUACAGUGUUUUGAUGUUAUUGUACAUUUGUUCCUUGAACUACUAAGUAGCAAAUUAUGAUAAUGAUCCAUCUGGUGUUUAUUAAUUUUGCUUUGAUUUCUUUGGUAAUUCGCAUGAGUGAUUCAAUUACGGGUUGGUUACAGUCGGCCCCCACCUAUGACCUUCUUACUACUUUGGAAGGUCUGACUAGCUUCUGUUUAAAUUGUCACCAAUGUACUAGGUCAGUGUACUCACUGAAAACUGUUUGAGUUCUAUUUUGAUUCUAAUUGGAGCUUUAACCAAGGCUUGGGAUCUGGUGGUUCGAAAUUACGAUGGCUCUGUAUCCAGCUCCAGAGUGAAAGCAUAUUCAACAUGUGUAUUAAGCUCCUGCUCUAUAGCUUCAUUUUUUGUGUCAGAGCUAGACUCCAGCUCGGAAAAUUAUAAAUGUGAAAAAAUAACUAGAUUGUUAGGAGCUGAAGCCACUAAAAUUUCUGGUAGCUCUUACUUCGGCUCCUUCAAAAUGGCUCCAUGACUCAAGACUAUAGCUCUGGCUUCCCAGCCCGGCUUUAACAACACAAAGCCUCCUUCCAAUAUCUGUUCACAUACUGAAUAAUUAUUUUUUGAUUGAAAAUAUUUUUGUAUGUUUUAUUGCGCAUCCACAUGCACACAUACAUUUUGUAUGUGUAUGUGUUAUAUGUUUUAAAAGUCCACUUGUUUUAUGAAAUUUUCAGCCAUUAUGCAGGUGUAUAUUUCUUUAAAAUAGUGGUCUCGUUCCGUCUUCCCCAUGCUAAUAGAUAAUUAUGUAAAUAUCUGUAUUCUAUUUUUAUUAUUGAUGUUCUAAUCUGCCAUGCAAGGUAGAUUUAGAUUCUUUAGAUGUAAUAUUUAGUGUUGCCUUCCAUUUUUUUCACUAAACUUUCAGUUGAAAGAAUCAAAUUUCUUUUUUGUUCAUUCGUACUUUUCUGUAAAACAAUCUUCCACAUAUCGUAUUAUGAGUUUCGAAUUUGAUUUUAAAAUUAAUUUUUUUUAUUUUAUGGAAUCUGUGUAACAGGUAAAACAUCACAAUUUUCCAAUAUUUCGAAACGUCAUUUCUGUUAUGUGCAUAAUACACCAUCAUCGUACCUCAGUUUGACAAUCACUUUAGACAAUAAACUUUAACACUGAACUGUAACUAUUUGAAUUAUUUUAAUUGGCAUUGUGGUCUAUGCCAGGGAAAUUGCCCCUAUUCUGUAAAUUUUGCAAAAUUCAGUAUGUUAUUUUUAUUUUUAAAAUUGGAAUUGUUUGAUGAGCCAUGUUUAUGUCCAACUAGGAAUGUCCAAAAUGAAUGGAAUGAAUGAAUUUACCGAAUACAUUUAGAUUUUUUUUUCAUUUUAGGAAGAAUUUAGAAUAGGUUCCUUUUCCUUCCGAAUUUGCAAUUUUGAGAAUUUGACACACUAUAGGCUGUCGAGAAAUAGCCUUCAUUUUACUUAUGACUGCAACUUAUAAAAUAUCAUAAUUUGAUCAUUAGGAUGUUUAUCUUACGGUAACUUUCAAGUUUUUGUCGUUAUCAGGUAUAAUUUUGGUGAAUUCAAUCAAAUUUUUUUGUUAAAUAUGACCCAAUUUAUAAUAUAUUCGAUAUGUUAAACAUUAAAAAAAAAAAAAUUCCUGAUGUAUUCUAAAUAGUAAAUUGUUCUAUUAUAGCCAUCUCUAAUCUGAACUAGUUUGCACAUCUUUUAUUUCAGUGAUAAAAAUCAGUAAAGGGUUUUUAUUAGAUUGUGUACCGUAGUUUUUUAGUUUUAAGUUAAAAAAAUUCUGUAUAGCAAUUUUAUGUCAUGUUUGUUUUACAUUGGCUCCAAAUAUUUUAAUAAAUAUUAUAAAUUUCUUAAAAAUUGUCAUUUUGUGAGAUUUGAAAGAAGCGAAUUGAAAUUAAAUUCCUAACUUUCUCAGAAGUAUUUAUAAACAUUAUUGAACAUUCCAUUGAUUAUAUAAACAUAGAAAAAAAUUCAGUGCUUUUUAGUUGAAAACCCUUGAUAUGCCUGUAUUACUUAAACCUUUAAUUUUAUAGAAAUUUCACAGCUUGUACUAAAUUUUGUAUUAUUUGCCAUACAAUUCAAAUAAUUGUUGUUUAUACUGGUGUAUAAAUUCUAAAUUGAGUGGAGUGUAGUAUAUCAAUAGGUAUCUCAUUAUGUAUAUGUUUGUUAAUCUUCCGUAGGUUAAUAAAUUUGGAAUAAAUAAGUUUUUUGUUUUGUUUUAUAGGUAAUAGUGAUAUAAUAACGCCCAAUUAGAGGAAAGAAUGUAAUGAUAACAUCAUAUUUUUACCAUUUUUUGGAUCAAGAAUAAUUAGCUGGAAAUGAUAGUAAUAUCUUGGUUAAUAUACACAUUUUUAAUAUUAAACUAGUAAAUUAAUUUAGUUUACCCUUGUAAUCUGAGACAAAUAACUGGCUAACUAUUCCCAUAUCUUUUAUAGACUGAUAACCGGAGAAUAGGCCUUGGUUCGUGAAAUGAUUAAGUUGUCUUAAUGACUUCUCUCCCCGGAAUAGAUACUGGUAUACAAAUCCUAUCUUAACUACUAAAGUUAGGAUAUUCGGCCAUUUUAACUUCAUUGUUUAUCUUAUCAUGCUCAAGCUUGGUCCCGAGGAUGGAAUGUGUUUGAAAACGACUUGUAACUUUGAGGUUGUUUUGUGUAGUCAUUCAUCAACCAUUCGUUUUUCAAAUCAAUUUGGCUAUUUUCUUAUUGCCAUUUUUUAUAUUAUAUUUAUAUUACCGGUAUUUAUGGGUGGUUUACUUGUUGGAAUUUUGAAUUGAAUGAAUUGGAAAUUUUGAAAUUCGAUUUGGCCAUAAUUAUUUUUUUCUGUAUUAAAAUGUAAAAUACUAAUCUAAUGCCAAAGUAAUCGAUUCUUUUCACAUUUGCCCAAAUUCUUUUUUAUCAUUCUAUCGUUUUUUCAGCAAUUAUAUUUUUUCUUCUUCCUAUAUUGCAAAUAUUUUUCAGCUUUUAUCUUAAUAUUGGUCUUCUAUUUUUUGAUAAAAUGUGACUUGCUUUUUACAGUAUGGCGUUAUAUUUUGCAUAGGAUCUGGGGAUGUCCACAGUAGAAACGUUUUCAGAAUCAAAUUUACGAUUUAAAUUCUGAAAACAAAGAAUCAUUAAUUUUGUCAUAAAAUCAUGAUAUACCGGUAGGUUAAAUUUUACCUGCAUUUUUAACACAAUACAAGUCAAACUACUUUUAAAUUUUGAGUUUUAAUUUUUUCAGAAAAAAAUUGUAUUAUGAAUAAAAUGGGAAUUUUAUUCAUAAGGUAUUCAAAAUAAUUGCAUACAGCGAAAUUUUCAAAUUGAUUUAAAUUUUAUGCGAAAUAUUUAUCAACAAAAUUUUUCGCAUGAAGAUUUGAAAUUUUGAUCCCAAAUAAUUCAAACGAAAUGUACCGGACAUCCCUGGUUUUAAGUCACCUAAAAAUAACAAGUGUUAUUGAGAAAAAAUGUUGCAUUUUUCACUUGUUUUUAAAGAGAUAAAUCGUCAUUAUCACAUAGAUUAUUAUUUUGCUUUUAUCACUCGUUCCUAUAUAAUAACAUUGUAUUGAUGCUUGAAUAAUGUUGAUUUAGA